GAUUAUCUAAUAUCUGUUGCAGAAUGCGACUUGUAGUUAUGCCAUUUUCUAUCUUUUGAUCAACGCAAUCGUCAACUUCUUUUCGCCAUUGAAAUCUUGAAGAAGCUUCUCUUCUCUUCUGUUUCUUUCGUUCUUUUGGAAAAAGGUUUUUUUUUCUUUUUUCUUUCUCUCGUAGUGUGAAUUGUGAUUUCGAUCAUGGAGGUGGUUGAAAUGGAAAGUGAAUCGAAUGAUGGAGGAGCUGGAUUCAAGCUCUACGAGAAGUUGGAAUUGCAGGAGUUUCAGCACAAAUUCGUGAUAAAAUCCGUAGAAUCUCCUAUUCGAGGCUUCUCGAUUAGUCGCCUUGACGGGAAUAUUGAGCCACUUGAUGCUGAUUCUUGUUCUUCAAAUCCAUCAAAAAUUUCUACCAUAUAUGGUGUUGUUGGGACAAUCAGACUGUUGGCAGGAACGUAUAUUAUUGUGAUCACUUCUCAGAGGGAAGUUGGUCAUUUUCUAGGUUUCCCAGUAUUUAGGGUAAUGUCUAUGAAGUUUUUGUCCUGUGAUGAGGCUUUGAAGCAAGCAAAUUCUGAAGAAAAAAAAGACGAGGCAUACUUCUUGAGUCUCUUGAAAACAGUGGAAUCAACUCCAGGGCUUUACUAUUCUUACGAAACAGAUAUAACAUUGAACCUGCAGAGAAGACGGAAAUUAGCUGAAGGUUGGGCGGCCAAACCCAUUUGGAAGCAGGCUGAUCCUCGAUUUGUCUGGAACAAGAAUCUUUUGGAUGAACUUAUUGAGCACAAGCUUGAUGAAUUCGUCAUUCCUAUAAUACAAGGAAAUAUCCUUAUAAUCUUAAGCUUCCAGACAGCACAGCUAAAGCUUAAAGAGUUACCUGUAACACUCACACUUAUUUCUAGGCGGUGUACCAGGCGUCUAGGGACAAGAAUGUGGCGAAGAGGAGCCAACCUUGAAGGAGAUGUAGCUAAUUUUAUUGAAACUGAGCAAUUGGUGGAAACUAAUGGUCUGAGAUCUUCAUUUAUGCAGAUUCGAGGUUCAAUUCCCCUUCUUUGGGAACAAAUUGUUGACUUGAGCUAUAAACCACAACUGAGAAUUAUCAAUCAUGAACAGACGUCAGAAGUUGUGCAACGCCAUUUUCAUGAUCUCAUCCAACGAUAUGGAGAGACAAUAGCUCUAGACCUAUGUGACAAAAAAGGACCUGAAGGACAGCUAAGUGCUGCAUAUGCUUCUGAAAUGGAAAAGCUAGCAGAUGUGAGAUAUAUCUCGUUUGACUUUCACCAUAUAUGUGGAAACUCAAACUUUGAUAAUCUACAAGUUCUGUUUGAUCAAAUUUCAGAGGAAUUCGAAAAGCAAGGAUACUUCCUCAUGGACGCAGAAGGAAACAUACUAGUGGAGCAGAAAGGGAUUAUUAGAUCUAAUUGCAUUGAUUGCCUUGAUCGAACAAAUGUCACCCAGAGUUAUUUGGCCCAGAAGUCUUUAAAUUUACAAUUGCAGAGGAUCGAAGUGCUAGAUUCUUCUGAGUGCAUUUCUAAGUUUGGUGAAGAUUACGUGAAAUUUAGAACAUGUUGGGCUGAGCAAGGGGAUGAGUUAAGUCUUGAAUAUGCUGGGACUCAUGCCUUGAAGGGGGACCUAGUUAGAUAUGGAAAGCAAACUCUAGGAGGACUAAUUAAAGAUGGCAUGAGUGCACUUUCAAGAUAUUACUUGAAUAAUUUCCACGAUGGGAUUCGGCAGGAUGCAAUGGAUCUCGUCAGUGGCCGGUACACUAUUAACAGAAAUGGCCCUUCACCCUUCCAGCUUAAUGGUUUUGAAUCACUGUCUUAUCUCCCAGUUGCAUCAGCAUUGAUAGUUGGAGGUUUGACCCUGACAUCUUUCACAUUUCAACAAGCGGGACGACAUGCGCAGCAGUUCAUGAGUUCUGUGCUGUGGGCUGGAGUGGCUGCUGGAGUGAUGGCUGUGAUGAAGGCUAAUGGAAGACAGUUCUGCUCGAGGCCUCGCUUGUGCGGCCUUCUGUAAGAGAUGUAAAAGUAAUGGAAUCAUUUGAUGGGUUCCAAUUCCAUGUUACUUGUGAUAUAAGUAAGUAUAGGUGAUCCAAUACUUUUAGCCAACUGAACUCUGAAGAAGUAAUCAUUUGUACUACACUACGUUUUACUCAAACGUACCAUGGAAAUUGUAUAUAAUGCGAGUAAAUUGUUAUUGCAAGUCUUUUUUUUCCUUUU